CCUCCGCCGUCCGCGGCCGCCGCCGCCGCCGCGGCCGCCGCCGCAGCCAUGAUGGGCUCCGGCAGCACGGGGCCCUCGCCCAACGAGGGAACCGCCUUCAAGCCCUUCUACAAGAGGUGGGAGGCGUGGAGCGACGCGGAGGACAGCGCGAGCGACGCCGGCGCGUCACGCAGCGGCUGCUGCCGGGGCGGCGGGGGCGGCGGCCGCGACGCGGACGGCAGCGACCUGGACGGCAGCGGCGGCGGCGGCGCCCGGCGCCGCCCACCUCGCCGCGGAGGGCCGGCGCGCGCCACGCGCGCGGGGCUUGGCCGCAGCGCGCGCCGACGCCGGGGCGAUGGCCGGGCCGAGCCUCUGGAACUUCCUGCUAGUGGCUCCGCGCGGCCCCCGCCACCGCCGGCCGCCGCCGGCCCGGCAGCGGCUGCCGCACCAGCAGUAGCAGCGAAAGCACGUGCUCCAGGCAGCGGAAGUAGCAGCAGCAGCAGCAGCAGCAGCAGCUGCCGGCAGCAACAGGUCCGCCGCCGCGCCGCCGCCGCUAAACUUCCGCCGCCGGCAGCCGUCUACGCUCGCCCUUUCGGCGCGCACGGUUGGCCGCACUGA